AUGAUAAGCCAUGAUGAUGAUGCUGUAGAGAGACACAGCCUGAGAGCGCCUGAAGAGACAGAAGCUGCCCAAAGAGGCAAAAAACCCCUGGACUGGCGAACACAUUUUUCCAAAAUAAGAAGGACAGGUAAGUUGAAAAAGCUGCAGAGCCUCCUCGACAGCUGGUUGUGGUGUGUAUAGAUGCGAGCGUGUAGCCUGCAAGGCAGCUAUAUUUUCCCCUGGGAAUUAGGGCAGGGAUGGGGAGCUUCUUGCCCUCCAGAUGUUGCUGGACUAAAAGCCCCACUAUUCCUGCCCCUGUUGGUUAUGCAGUCUGGGGCUGAUGGGAGUUGAGGGCCACCAGUUCUCCAUGCCUAGUUUAGAAACCUGUUGGCGUUUGGCUUACAGUGUGUGUGUGUGUGUGUGUGUGUGUGUGUGUGUGUGUGUCUGCCUUUCUCCCCUUCCAGUUCCCAAAUACAUUUUUCUUCAAAAGAUCAAGUUCUUGCCGGUGUAAGUUAGAAGAAAAUAUUAAGCGGUAAGAUUGUGAUGUGUGCCGAUGCCACUUCACAAAACCUGCAGCAUGUGGAGUCUGUACAGGAUCUAGUCUUGUUCUCUGUAGAGUAUCUGCUGAUGCAAAUGAUAAAUUCCUGCACCUCUUAAUUCUUGCUCAAUUACCUGGUCCUUUUUUGUGAUAGAUGUACAUGCAUACAUGGGAGCAUAUUCACCCAGUGCUUUUCCAGCUGCACUGGCUCCCGGUGGAGUACAGGGUCAGAUUUAAGGUGCUGGUUUUGACCUUUAAAGCCCUUCACAGCCUAGGGCCCUCGUACCUACAGGACUGCCUCUCCCGGUAUGCCCCACGGAGAGCCUCAAGGUCCAUAAAUAGCACCCUAGUGGUCCCGGGCCCUAAGGAAGUUAGAUUAGCCUCAGCCAGAACCAGGGCCUUUUCAACACUGGCUCCAGCCUGGUGGAACGCUCUGCCUCAUGAGACCAGGGCCCUGCAGGAUCUGAUUUCUUUCCGCAGGGCCUGUAAGACAGAGUUGUUCCGCCUGGCCUUUGGCUUUGAGCCAGUUUGAUUCCCUCCCCCUCUUUCUUUUUUCUUUUCCUUUCUCCUCCUGCGAUGAGGCUACAUUUUAAUAUUUUAAUGUUUCAAUAUUUUAAUGUAUUUUAAUUUUGUUUUUAAGUUGUAUUCAUUCAACUUUUUUUUAUUGCUUGUUAGCCGCCCUGAGCCUGGCCUUGGCUGGGGAGGGCGGGGUAUAAAUAAAAAUUAUUAUUAUUAUUAUUAUUAUUAUUAUUAUUUAUUAUACAUAGGACACUAACUUCUGCCAAGUCAGACCCCUGGUCCACCUGGCUCAGUGGCAAGCAGUAGCCCUGCAGGGUUCAGACAGGAGUCUCUCCCAGCAAUAAUUGCAAAUGCCAGAUUUGAACCAGGGAACUUUUGCAUGCAAAGUCCAUGCUGAACCACUGAGAUACAACUCUUCCCCAUUCCUCCUCCUUGUAUUCAGAUAAUUGCCAAAGGGUUGUCAUACGCCCGGGUUUCCCCAGACAUUUAAAACUGGUUCCGAAAUUUCCAGCCAGAAGCAAUUUUCAAAGGCCAAAUACUGGCAAUGUCUGGUCUGGAAAUUUCCGAACAUAUGGCAGCCCGUGUGUGUCUCUGUGUGUAAUGUUGAUAUGCUGCAUUAAUCAGUCUGGAAUAUCUGACAUAUCCCUCUUCCUGAUUUCCAAUCAGUGAUCACGUCCUCUAAAAAUAGAUGGUUCUCUCUUUUCAGUUUAUUGCUGAAAAAUUAUACACUGCUUGAUUGUAAAAAAAACCCCUCUAAGCAAUGAGAACAGUUAAAAACAAGUAGUAAAAACAUGUAAUUUCUUUUUAAGUAUAUUAAUUGUUUUUAAAUGUUUUCAUUGGUAAUGUGACUUUCUUGUAAACUGCUUAGAGGUUUUAUACAUUGUCCUUGGGGGUCUGUCUGAACAAGAGUCAUGUGAAAAUUGCUGCAAGCGGCACACUGGCGUGGUUUUCUGCAGAGCUCUGGCCACAUUCUUGAAAAUCCUAUUGGGAUUUGUUUACCCGAAGUGAGCCUGUUUUUCGGAAGUAUAUAUAUACAGCUGCUGGAAUGUAUAAACUUGAGGUAUACAAGCCUCUCAUGUUUGAAGGAUUAUCCUUACCAAGCCCUGCAAAAAUAUUGGCCAAAAGAUCGCCUCAAUCUCUCUGCUUUGGAGCAAAACCUAAUUUUGAAAUCUAGUAUCUUUUGGAUCAGUAGCUGAGAAUUAGCAUAUAAAUAUAUACAGUGGUACCUCAGGUUAAGUACUUAAUUCGUUCCGGAGGUCCGUUCUUAAGCCGCAAACUGUUCUUAACCUGAAGCACCACUUUAGCUAAUGGGGCCUCCCGCUGCGCCGCCGGAGCACGAUUUCUGUUCUCAUCCUGAAGCAAAGUUCUUAACCCGAGGUACUAUUUCUGGGUUAGCGGAGUCUGUAACCUGAAGCGUAUGUAACCUGAAGUGUACGUAACCCGAGGCACCACUGUAUAGCGUGUUAAAGGCCUUCCCUGUUUCAUGGCCCUCUCCCUGUCACCCCAGAUUCCAAUUUUGCUUUUGCUUUUUGCAACGCUAUUUCCAGGAGUUAAUACAGGCACUGGGCCACUCAUUUGCAUCUUUGCAUUUCAUUAGCUUUUCUGAAGUGGGAAAAAACCCUCCCACAAUGAUAGUAUUCAGAGAGCUUUUUAAAAAGUUACUGGGAACCAGGCAGAGGGCCCUCUUGGUAGUGGUGCCCACCCUGUGAAAUACCCUCCCAUCAGACAUCAAGGAAAUAAACAGCUAUCUAACUUUUAGAAGACAUCUGAAGGCAGCCCUGUUUAGGGAAGUUUUUAAUGUUUGAUGUUUUGCUGUGUUUUUAAUAGUCUGUUGCGAACCGCCCAGAGUGACGGGGCAACCCAGUCAGAUAGGCGGCGUAUAAAUAAUAAAAUUAAUAACAGUAACAACUAUUAUUAUUAUUAAUUUGCAUCUCGGGACUUAUGUAUGCUUUCUCUUGUCCAGCUGCUUCCCCUUGGGUAAAACUGCUCUUUAGCGCUCAAUCAGAGCAAAUGGCAAUUCAAACACUUUUGUUUCAAGCAGCUUAGAAAUACAGAGGGGUGCCUGAAGAAUAGUGAGAUUAAAAGUCCCCUUGACUCCUUUGCUGGGCUUGGAAUAGGUUGCAUUUGUUCCCUCCAUGCCCAGCAUAGAAACAGAAGCAGGUGCCCAUCUGGCAGUCAUGGUGGUGUCUAUGCUGGGCCCUUCCCCGUCUUCCUCCCCCAUGCCUAGUGCAGACGUGGUUAAGGGAGAGAGGAAGCCACCUGCCCCCAUGCCAGCAGCUCACAGCUCAUUUACCUGCACACAGUUCCCCUUUCCCUAUAGCAACCAGAUAAGUGGUUAAACAGAAGGCGGUUUUUAAUAUAGCUAAGCCUUUUGGUUACAAAGGAUAAUGAAGAUUUGAAUAAACUGCUGCAGCAUGACGACCAGAAAAGCAAUUGGCAAUGGCAGGGGAGUCCACAUGAGCACAAAAUGUCAUCUUUGGCUACUGCAGCGUCUGGGAAGCUUUGGCUCUGCUUACUAUUCAAGUUCAGUUUCUUUCUUUUUUUAUAAAUAUUUUUUAUUGCUCAAUUUCCACAUAACAAAUUAUCAAACCAUAUAAUCACCUGCAUAAUUUCCCCCCUUUAUUUCCCCCCCUCCCCCCACCAAGGACUUUCCUCAGCUCCUCUCCCUGAUUUCACUGCACAUAUUUUCUCUGCAUAUUAUAAAAUUGUAUAUAUCCUUCCAUAUCUGUCCAUCAUGUUAUCAACAAUAAAUUUGUGUAUGUUUAUUCAAAACCUGCCAAGGAGUCCAGUUCAUUUUGUUGUCUUUUAAAAUAAUUUGUAAAAAGUUCCCAUUCUUCUUUAAAGUCACAGUUGUCCUUAUCUCACAGUUUAUAUGUCAAUUUAUCCAGUUCUGGAUAACUCAUCAAUUUUUCUUGCCACUGUUCUUUUGUCGGGGGUUCCUCAUUCUUCCCAUCCUUGUGCUAUCAAGACUCUUGCCGCUGUUGUAGCAUACAUAAAUAAAUUCCUUAUUUUCCUUGGCAAGUCUUGUCCCACAAUCCCUAACAAAAAUGCUUCUGGGUUGUUUUACAAAUGUCAUUUUAAACAUUUUCUUCAAUUCAUUAUAUAUCAUUUUCCCCCAAAAAAUUAAUUUCUGCCCCUCCUGCCUCAGAUAUACUGAAAAGGAUUGAAGGUGAGUCAUGUUGCAGAGGCCGGAGAAAUGUCUUCUGCAUAUCCUCAGAUAAUUGAAGAUGCAUAUCAGUUCUGUAGAUGGUCUGUGAGACCAGUUGAAUUCUUCAGCUAUAGAUAAAAGAUUGCUCUUUCUGAGUAAAUGUCUUAUUUUGGCAAGGGUCAAUCCCUGUUUCCCUUCUUGCUAUUCCUAGUAGUGAUCAGUUCUUGCCCCCAAAGGAUGAAUCCCAGAAUCGCCUGCCCAGUUUAACAUCCACUUUGCGGAUGAGCUGGAUGGGGCCACCUGUGAGGUGAGGCCUCCAAGCCUUACUGCGGGGUUAGGGGGGGCUGUCACUCAUAUUUCAGUAAGAAUCUGACUGCCUGGGUGUCCAAAGGCUGCUGGCUAAUGUGUUCCAGCCCCAAAUUAAAAGAAUUCUUUGAGAAUAAUUUAGAUAAAGAUACAGAAAUAUGUAUGGUAUGGGAGGCAAGUAAAGCAUAUAUAAGAGGUUACUUUAUACAGCAUAACUCGUGACUUAAAAAAGAGAGACAGGAGAACAUACAAAAAGAUUCUGUGUGAAAUUAGACAAAAAGAAAAAGAGCUGGGAAAAUCUCCAACAAAUACAAAUAUUACCUGGCAUAUUAAGAUGCUGCAGAGACAGCUGUGCUAGCAACGCAGGAGAUAGAAGCAAAAUUGAAAUAUAUUCCUGAAUGCCAAAAUAAAUAGAUAUUGCAAUAAUAUCAAAAGUUCUGGUAUUAGCAACCCAGUUCAUCAUGGAAGUUUUAGUUUAUUGUAUGUGUGUUGAUGUGGCUACAUGUGAAACACGCCUUGUAGGUGAGAUUUGUGUUCUUCCUUAGUAAUGGUAAAUCAAGACCAUUAUUUGUGUGUGUUAAUUUCAUUUCAGGGGAUCACCAUAAUUAUCAGGGUAGAGGAAUCACAUCUAAGCGUACCAUCUUAUUUGCAUUCAUUAUUAUUCUCCCCUUCCUCAUCAUCAUCAUUGCUCUUGCUGUCUGGAGAGGUGAGUUUUCUGCCUCUUUUCUUAGUGCUUUCUUCCAGGUCUGUCCCAGUCAUGACCUCUGUCUUCCAUCAGCACUUUGGCUUCUAAUGGCCAGUUCACACUGAGCAGCAGCAGUUAGAAAAAUAGUUGCCUUUGGCUGAAUCCGUAUUAUCCAUGCUCUUGCCAAUGGCUCUCUGGGACUUUGGAGGGGAUCUUUCCCAGCUCUACCUGAAGUUGCCAGAGAUUGAAACUGAGACUGUCAGCAUCCAAAGCAGAUACUCUGCUACUGAGCAACAAAGCUCCCCCAAGUUGUGUGAUUCCUUUACUGCUCCUUCCCGUUCCUCUCUCCAAGAAGCAUCUGAAUCCAGGGGCCACAAGAGCUGCUUAUUGAUUCCUUCUUUGCCCUUCCUCCUAGCCAGAGGUUGAAAUGUUAUGAGCAGAUCCCAGUUCAGAGCAGAACUUUCUCUUUCUUGCAGGGGGGAAAUCCAACCAGACUUGCCCUGAUGUGAAUAACUGUGCUGUUUUGGGACCAGCGUGCCCAGAUGGCUGGGUUGGCUAUGAAGGGAAGUGUUACUUUUUCUCAGAAGAAGAAAGAAACUGGACUUCUGCCCAGAGCUUUUGCAUUUCCCAGGGCUCUUCUCUGGCUAAGAUUCAGAGUGAGCUGGAAAUGGUGAGACCAACAAAUGUAUAAAGGUUUGUGAGAAUUAUCUCCUGCACAACACCAAGGAUGAGCUAUCCUUAUGGAAAUAUAAAGAGAAUUUGUGACAUAGCUUGGCUUUGUCAUAAUUUGAUGCAAACAAAAAUAAUAAUAAAAUUCUUCAGGAGCACCUUAGAGACCAACUAAGUGUGUUCUUAGUAUAAGAUUUCGUGUGCAUGCAUACUUCUUCAGAUAUGCACACGAAAGCUUAUACAGUGCUACCUCGGGUUACAGAUGCUUCAGGUUACAUACGCUUCAGGUUACAGACCCCACUAACCCAGAAAUAUUACCUUGGGUUAAGAACUUUGCUUCAGGAUAAAAACAGAAAUCGUGCUCCAGCGGCGCGGCGGCGGCAGGAGGCCCCAUUAGCUAAAGUGGUGCUUCAGGUUAAGAACAGUUUCAGGUUAAGAACAGACCUCCAGAACGAAUUAAGUACUUAACCCGAGGUACCACUGUACCAAGAACAAACUUAGUUGGUCUCUAAGGUGCUACUGGACAAUUUAUUUUCAUUAUUUUUAUUUUUAUUUUGACUGCAUCAGACCAACACGCUACCUACCUGAAUCUUGAUGUAAACAAAUUAUCCAUCUUACUCUUCCUUCAGCCAUUUUCCUAUCCUUGAACCUCCUUCCUCCCUUUUCAGCAAAGCUUUCCUUCUGCUAUUUAAGCCUCACUUUCUUUGCAUCUUCUGUCUCACUGCUCAGGUCUCUGUCAGAAAUUCGUUCUCCUCCCACAAUUGGCAUUAUUUGAAGUAGAAGGCUCAUUUGGAGGCAUUGCUCUAAGCUGUUUGUGUGUUUUCGACCAAGGUGUUCAUGCUCCGGUUCAAGGGCGAAGCUGAGCAUUGGAUUGGCCUCCGGAAGGACUUCAAUGAUACCUGGAUAUGGGCAGAUGGAUCAGAAUACUGUAACACGUGAGUCCUUGCUCUUCUCUUGAAUUGGGAUUAAGCAGGAGGCAUGCUGGGUACAGUGAGUUGAUCCCAAACCUGAAUCUGUAACCAAAAAUCACUCCAGAAUGUGAACUUCAAGGAAUCAGAAUUGCACUCAAAGCAUAAACCUCUCAGUAACCUUCCUGAUAUGUUGCAGUUUCUCACCUCUGACCAGACACACAGAAACCAUCCACACUGCUGACAAGCUUCAGCUAAUGCUCUUGAGCUACCUCUGCUGUGGAGAAAGAGGAUGGGGGUGAUGAUGAUGAUGAUUAUUAUACCCCACCCAUCUGGCAUGGUUUCCCUACCCGAUCGGGGUGGCUCCCUACAGAAUAUUAAAACAUCAAACAUUAAAAACUUCCCAAACAGGGCUGCCUUCAGAUGUCUUCUAAAAGUCAGAUAGUUUUUUAUUUAUUUGACAUCUGAUGGUAGGGCGUUCCACAUGGCGGACACCACUAAAGAGAAGGCCCUUUACCUGGUCCCCUGCAACCUCACUUCUCGCAGUGAGGAGACCGCCAGAAGCCACUGUCCGGGCUGAACAAUGAGGGUGGAGACGCUCCUGCAAGGAGAAAUCCUUGUUCUCCCACUCUCAUAAUUCUUAAGGUCAAUCAAUUAAGCUGAAAGGUGGGGGAUUUACAAAAUAUGGAAUCCACUCCCGCAAGACAGACAACUUUAGCAGGGAAUUAGACAGACUCAUGGAGAACAAGGCUGUUGAUGGACCCUGAUGAUGAGUCCUAUGCUGCCUCCAAGAACUGAGGCAGCGUAGCUUUGAAUACAAGUUGCUGUGGAACAAUCAUUGGGGAAGGUUCUAGUAAAAGCAUAAGUAUUUUAUUGUUUUUUGGGUAAACAGUGAAGAGAAUGGAAACAAUACAAAAUAUCAGGUACAGAUAAUCCGUCAUACAACCAAAGCAUAAAACCACACAGGGUGAAGCUUAUUCGUGGAUCAGAUCUCUCCAUAAUGUUAAAGGUGGUUUCAUUAGGGAUGCAGAUUUAUGAGUAUAAUCAAGAAACAUAAGCCAUGUACUCUCACACUUUCUUAAUCUGCUAUCUAACAAUCCUGCUAUGCUCCCUGACCGGCCUGCCAGUCAUGCAGUGUAAGCAAGCCAUGCAACACAAGCCCCAAAUCAAUGGAUUCAAGUUACAAGAAAGGAGAUUCCGACUAAAUCUCAGGAAGAACAUUCUGAUAGUAAGAGCUGUCUGACAAUCAAACCUUGGGAGGUUGUGGACUCUCCUUUAUUGGAGGUUUUUAAAGAGAGGUUGGAUGGCUACCAGUCAAGGGAUCUUUAGCUAUGAUGAACACAAUGUGGUUUUCUAAUGGAUUCUUGGCUACAUAGUUUGACACUGUCCCACCCAUACAUGACAGAGCAACAAACCUCCCUUGCCCAUCUCACCUUUCCUUCCUGUGUUGCAGGUUGGUAGUGAAAGGAAGUGAAAACUGUGCGUAUCUAAGCAAGGAGUUUGUCAUUGCCUCCCGUUGCCACAUACCGACAAAGUGGAUCUGCAAUCACCCUGAUGCGUAUGUGAGGAAUGAAAACUCUACAGCAGGAAAAGUCAUAUGCCAAGAGAAAUUAUGGUAAGUCCCAGGGAUGUAAGAAAUCAGCAAUUUCCAUUCUGGCCCAUUUAAUCACAAUCAGCACUCUGCUGCAGUUUGAUUUCCUUCUAAUGCUACAAUAUUCAUCUCACUGUCUACUAUUUAACAUUGUUUGUGCAACUUGCAUUCAUUUCUGUGUAAAGGAAACAUCAAAACAAUGUAAGAAAGUAUUUAAUGACAUACCAUUUGUGGACAUCAAGAAGGCAACAACAAUCAGGUGAACAAAUACCGAUUGUAUUCACUUGAUUCUCUGACCACAGAGCUGCCACCAUUUCUGCUUGCUUUUCUGUUUUUGACUUUUUUUUUUAAAUAUAAAUUUUAUUUUAUAACACCAUACAAACAAAAAAGACAAACACAACACAUUCACACCAAAAAAAACUAAAUAAAGAAAAAUAUAUAUAUAUAAAAUAUAUAUAUAUACUCCUGACAUAAGACAACAACAAAUUAACUACAUUAACUACAUAACACACAACACUGACUGACUUCCCUUCAUCUCGGUUUCGGAAUGUGUUAUAAAAUUUUUCUAUCUGCAGUUUCUUUUCCUCAAAAAAAAAUUCUUUACAUCACAAGUGUUAUAUCGCACCUACUGUGUUUUUUAGUUUUUUUUACCUCUGUUUCCAUGUAUGCCAUGAAUUUAUUCCAAUCUUUAUUAAACUUUGUGUCUUUUUGAUUUCUUAUUUUCUGUGUCAUUUUUGCCAAUUCUAGAUAGUCGAGUAGUUUCGAUUGCCAUUCAUUUAUGGUUGGGAUUCUUGGUGUCUUCCAAUUCUGCGCUAUUAGAGUUCUGGCGGCCACUGUCGCGUACUGAAAGAGUGUUUGAUCUUCCUUUUGAUUUCCUCUCCAAUUAUCCCCAGCAAAAAGGCUUCAGGUCUUUUUAUAAAGGUAUAUUUAAAGAUUUUUUUAGUUCAUUGUAAAUAGAUUCCCAAAAUUUUCUAAUAGGCUCGCACAACCACCACAUAUGAUAAAAAUCGCCCUCCUUAAUCUUGCACUUCCAGCAUAAUUUAUCACCAGUUUUAUAUAUUUUUUUCCAGUUUUACGGGUGUUACGUACCACCUGUACAUCAUUUUGUACAUAUUUUCCCUGAGUGUUGUGCAUGCCGAGAAUCUCAUACCUUUAUUCCAUAGUGCCUGCCAUUUAUCAAACUCUAUGUUAUACCCAAAGUCCAUUGCCCAUCUCACCAUUACCUCCUUUACUUCUUCAUCUUUGGUGUCCCAUUCGAGCAACAGGCUAUACAUUUUCGAUAGGAGUUUUGUUUUACUUUCUAAUAUUUCAAUCUGGAAUCUAGAUUUUUCUCACUUAUCCCAUUUUUUUAUCCUCGGUCCAGAUAGAGUUGAUUUGAUGAAAUUGGAUCCAACCUGUCAAUUUGUUCUUUAUUUCUUCAUAUGGCCUAAUCCUCCAACCGGUCUCUGUUUUUACUAAUAAAUCUUCGUAGGUCCAUCUUUCUCCUUCGAUAUUUGUUUUUUUUAUUGUCAGGAUAUCGAUUGGCGAAAGCCACCAAGGGGUAUUCUGUUCCAAUAAUUUUUUAUUUCUUUCCCACACCUCCAGUAAUGGCCCUCUGAAGAUAUGGUUAGAAAAUCCUUUAUGGAUCUUUCCCUUAUUACGCCAUAGGUAAGCGUGCCAACCGAAUCUUAAAUCAAAUCCUUCUAAAUCUAGCAGAUCUUUAUUUUUUAUAAUAAUCCAAUCCUUGACCCAACAGAGGCAUGAGGCUUCAUAAUAUAACUUUAAAUUUGGGACUGCGAAUCCUCCUCUAUCUCUUUGGUCUGUGAGUAAUUUGAAUCUAAUUCUCGGCCUUUUUCCUUGCCAGAUGAAUUUAGAAAGUAUUUUCUGCCAGCCCUUGAAUAUUGAUGUUCCCCUGAUUAUUGGUAUAUUCUGAAAUAAGAAUAGCAGUUUCGGUAAUAGACUCAUUUUUAUUGCCGCCAUUCUCCCCGACCAGGAUAGCUUUAUUCUAUUCCAGGUAUCUAAGUCCUUCCUUAUUUCUUUCCAUGCGGUUGUAUAAUUAUCUUCCAUCAAAUUAAUGUUCUUUGUCGUUAACCAGAUUCCAAGGUAUUUUACUUUUUGGUUACUUUAAUUCCAGUCUGAGAUUCAAGGUGGUUUUUACCUUCUCUUCUACAUUUUUAAUCAACAUUUUAGUUUUUGUUCUGUUUAAUUUAAAACCGGAUAGUUUUCCGAAUUCUUCUAACAGAUCUAACACCUUACUGACACUCUCUUCUGGAUCCUCCAAAGACAACAUAAGGUCGUCAGCAUAAGCUUUCAAUUUGUAUUCUUUCACUCCUAUUUUUAUUCCGCGUAUCUCUGAAGUUUUUCUUAUCUUAUUUGUAAUUAUCUCUAACAUCAUAAUAAACAGAAGAGGUGACAGAGGGCACCCCUGCCUAGUACCCUUCGAGAUUUCAAAGGGUUCUGUUAAGUUAUUAUUAAUAAUUAGUUUAGCACUUUGCUGUGAGUAAAUUGCUUUUAUUCCUUCCAGGAAUGUGCCCUCUAUCCCUGUCAUUUCCAAACAUUUUAUAAGAAAAUGCCAGGAUACGUUAUCGAAUGCCUUUUCGGCAUCAAUAAACAGUAAAGCUGCAGGGAUUUCGUUUUUGCAUUCUAAGUACUCAAUGAUAUUUAUUGUAUGUCUUAUGUUGUCUUUUAUUUGCCUAUUGGGUAAAAAACCAGCCUGGUCGGUAUGGAUAAGAUUAACUAGGCAUUUUUAAAGUCGAGUCGCCAUUAUAUCUGCAUAGAUCUUAUAAUCAUUAUUCAAUAGUGAAAUCGGUCUGUAAUUCUUAAUAUUCAGCCUAUCCGAGUCAGGUUUCGGUAUCAGCGUAAUGUAUGCCUCUUUCCAUGACGCUGGUGUUCUUCCUUCUCUUAAAAUCUCAUUCAUUACUUCACAUAGCACUGGUGUAAUAAGUUCUUCUAGGACUUUAUAAUACUUGGCUGACAAUCCAUCUGGGCCUGGGGCUUUCCCCAGUUUCAUCCUCUUUAUCGCCUCUUGAAUUUCCUCUGUUUUUAUGGGUUUAUUUAAUAAAUUUCUUUCCUCUUCCGAUAUACUGUUGAUUCUGUUUUCUUCUAGAUAUUUUCCCAUUUCUAUUUCAUCUUCUUCUUCUCUUUUAUAUAGGUUUUCAUAGAAUUUAAGGAAGCUCUUUUUUAUUUCAUUAGGGUCUUCCAAGAUUUGUUCUUCUACUUUUAUUUUAUUAAUAAGAUUUUGUUUUCUUCUUUUCCUCAACUGCCAUGCCAGGAACUUUCCAGUUUUAUUUGCAGAUUCAAAAAUUUUUUGUUUCAUUAACUUAAUUCCCCAUUCUACCUCUUGAUUUAUUAAUGUUGAAUAUUGUGCUUGUAUCAUCUUAUACAGUUGCUUGUUCCCUUCAUCGCUCGGCUUUUCUAUCAAAUUCUUUUCACAUUCUCUCAAUUGAGUGAUUAGCUCUUCCUUUUUUUGUUCUCUCGCCUUUCUUCUUUGACUAUUUUGUUGUAUCAAAAAACCUCUUAACACUGCCUUGCUGGCAUCCCAAACUAUAUCCAUGUUAGUCUCCUUAUUAAUAUUUAAAUCAAAAUAGUCUUUUAAAGUAAUUUUAGCCUUAUCAAUCACUUCUUCUUUUUCAAAUAAAUAAUCAUUCAUUCUCCAUCUGUAGAUACCCUGGGUCUUCCAGUUUAAGUGUAAUAUUAUUGGGUUGUGAUCAGAUAGUGUUCUGGGUAGUAUCUCACAUUUCGACACUCUUAUUGUUAAUUCUCUUGAUAUCCAUAUCUGAUCCAAUCUACUCCAGCUCUGAUGCGGCUCUGAGAAAUGUGUGAAUUGUUUGGUCAUGGGGUUUUUGAAUCUCCAUAUAUCUAUUAAAUCUAAGUUUUCCUCAAGGUCAAUAAACGAUCUCGGAAGUUUCCCUUGAUUUAAGUUCUUCCUUUUCGAGCUUCUAUCUAAUUCCGGUUUUGGCACUCCAUUUAAAUCUCCAAGUAGGAUCAAUUUGUGAUUCUCUAGAUCUAAUAAAACUUGUUCCAAUUUUUUGAAAAACUCCAUUUUGUUUGUAUUUGGCGCAUAGACCGUUACCACAUUAAGUUUUUCUCCCUGGUAGUUGAUUUGUACUCCUAGGAUUCUUCCUUCCUCAUCCUUGCAUAUCAGUUUAGGUUCCAAUUUCUCUUUCACAUAAGUUACCACCCCUCUUUUCUUCUUUGAGUCUGAAUUGAUAAAUUCUAUUCCCAACUUUUUAUUUAUUAAAAUAUGUUUGUGUUUUUUGGCAACAUGUGUUUCCUGGCAACAAAUCACAUCAAUAUUUUUUUCCCUUAUGAUUUUCUCAAAUUUAUUUCUCUUGGACUUUUCAUUAAAACCAUUCACAUUCCACGACAGAAAUUCAUUUCGACUAAUUGCACUUUAUCCAAAUUUCCGAUUUAAAUUCUGGUGCCUCUAUUUCCAAUAGUUUCCACCUCUUCCUCCUCCUCCUCCUCUCCUCUAUUCCUCUCACUGUCUACUAUUUAACAUUGUUUGUGCAACUUGCAUUCAUUUCUGUGUAAAGGAAACAUCAAAACAAUGUAAGAAAGUAUUUAAUGACAUACCAUUUGUGGACAUCAAGACAGCAACAACAAUCAGGUGAACAAAUACAGAUUGUAUUCACUAGAUUCUCUGACUACAGAGCUGCCACCAUUUCUGCUUGCUUUUCUGUUUUUGUCACAAUUCUCUGACAUGCUUAGGUAAUGUAUGUCCAUUGUAUGACCUAGAUACUGUUUCUAGAAGGAAAGGCAGCAAAUUGUAUGUAUGGAAACAAUUUUACACCAAAUCUGGUGUGUGACAGGAAACUACAGAGCGGAGUGCUCAACUCUGACGCUUGUUCACAGCUUCAUACAAAACCUCAAAUGAUCUGAACUAGGUUUCAAUGCCAACACACUUUCAACCUGAUCUUUGCCCAACAUCAACUCGAAACUUAUCUUACCUUACAAUGAAUCUUGAAAUCUGUCACCAAGAAAAAUCAGAAGCAGAGACAUUGGUCUUCUACAUUGAACCUAGCCAUUUGCUAACUAAGUGGAGAGGGCACAAGUUGAUGAUUCGUGGAUUUAUACCGUUCUGCCAGAAAUCCAUCAAUUGUUUCUUCUAUUUCAGAUUGUUAUUAGAGUUCUGAACAGGACCACAUUUCCUUGCAAAGAACCCUGA